UCCAUAAUUCUUGGUUACUAAUUAUCUAUUUUGACCAAUCGAACAUUAUAUUCAGCUGUGUAAUCUACAAUGUGUCACUUACCAUCUAGCCCCCAGGGAGAGUAAGUUUAGGUGCCUACCUGAAAAAAAAAAUAAUAAAAUUAUAAUGCGUUUUAUUAAUAAAUAAGAAUAAAGUAGUAUGAACGAAAUAUAACAGUUUAUCGUGACACAUUUGAAAUGGAACAAUGACAUAAACAAGUAAGUGACAAGAAGUUAGUUGAAAUCAUCAAGAAAUGAGAAAACUUUUGAAAACUGCCCGAAAGAUAAUGGCCGGAGUGAACGACGGGGUUGAAGAUAAAGAAGAGAAAGGUUUAGAAAUGGAAACUUUUGAAAGAUCGAAUGGUACGGAAAAUACAAAACGGUUUCAAGUGAAAAAAGUGAAAAGUAAUGCUUCAGAACAUCGCGUUCGAUUAUCGGAGAGGGAUGAAAAUGCGGGAGAUAGAACGGAAAGCGAGGAUGAAGACACUCACGUCGAUAUCAACGAAAGGACGCGGUUGAAUUCGGAAAAUGACACGAAGUAUGCCAAAAGUUUUAGACAAAUGACACGUGAAGCGUUACCGCGCCUGGACAAUUACAGGAAUAUAAUGUCCUUCCAGGCUGCUAAUCGUCCAACCUUAGAUGAAUUGCAUAAUGCCACGUUAUCAAACAAGUCACACACCCAAAUCGAUAUGCUUAAUGGUACAACAAAUGAGUCAAAAGGUCAGAUAAAAUUUGGGUGGAUUCAAGGGGUAUUGAUACGAUGCCUGCUCAAUAUAUGGGGUGUCAUGCUCUUUCUUCGGCUCUCAUGGGUUGUAGGGCAAGCAGGAAUUGUUCAAGCAACAGCUUUAAUUCUCCUUACAAGUUGUGUAACAACAAUUACAGCGUUGUCCAUGUCUGCCAUUAGCACCAAUGGAUUAAUUAAAGGAGGGGGGACGUACUAUAUGAUAUCCAGAAGUCUGGGCCCGGAAUUUGGAGGAUCUAUUGGGCUAAUAUUUUCACUAGCAAACGCUGUAGCUUGCGCCAUGUACGUUGUUGGGUUUUGCGAAUCGAUGGGCGAUUUGCUGGACUCUUUCCAUGUGAAAUUAGUGGAUGGAGGAGUUCAGGAUAUUCGGAUAAUUGGAUGCGUAACAAUUAUAGUCCUUUUGAUCAUAGUUGUCGUGGGAAUGGAGUGGGAAGCUAAGGCUCAAAACGUACUCUUGGUUAUUCUAUGUGUUGCAAUAUUGGAUUACUUCAUUGGUAGCUUCAUAGGUCCUACCAGUGACGAAGUAAGAGCUAAGGGCUUUCUGGGUUACAACAUAACUGUACUAAAGGAUAAUUUGUAUCCUGAUUAUAGGUUUUCUGAAUCCGACGGAAUCUAUCACAAUUUCUUUUCUGUUUUUGCCGUGUUUUUCCCAGCAGCAACAGGUAUAUUAGCUGGAGCUAACAUAUCCGGAGACCUAAAGGAUCCAUCAAACGCUAUUCCAAAAGGCACAUUGCUAGCAAUUCUGAUAACUACACUUUCCUACAUUUUCAUGGGUUUCGUAGCGGGUUUUUGUGUAGUUCGGGACGCAACAGGAAAUGUUACUGAAUUCCUGGAAGGAACCUUCAGAAAUUGCUCCCCGGGAGAAUGCGCAUACGGAUUACAGAAUAGUUUCCAGGUAAUCGAGUUGAUUUCAUGGGUGGGACCCAUAAUAUAUGCCGGGUGUUUUGCAGCAACUUUAAGUUCUGCUUUAGCAUCAUUGGUUUCAGCCCCGAAAGUGUUUCAAGCUUUGUGUAAGGAUAAACUUUAUCCUCAUAUAGAGUGGUUUGCUAAAGGAUAUGGUCAAAAUAAUGAACCCAUACGAGGUUACGUAUUGACCUUUAUAAUUGCCGUCUGCUUCAUUUUAAUAGGGGAACUCAAUCGAAUAGCUCCAUUGAUAUCGAAUUUCUUUCUCGCAGCGUAUACACUCAUCAAUUUUUCGACCUUUCAUGCUUCUUUGGCAAAACCAGUUGGUUGGAGGCCCACCUUUAAGUAUUACAACAUGUGGCUGAGCUUAAUGGGUGCCAUUUUAUGCGUACUCGUAAUGUUCUUGAUAUCGUGGUGGACUGCCCUGGUUACCUUUUCAGUUGUACUUGCCCUUUACCUCUUCGUUUCGUAUCGGAAACCCGAUGUAAACUGGGGCUCGACAACUCAAGCCCAAAUAUACAGAAACGCACUACAGGCUGCACAUCAACUCAACAACAUUGAAGAGCAUGUCAAAAACUACAGACCUCAGAUACUAGUCUUGUCUGGGAUGCCAAGCGCCAGACCAGCUCUGGUGGACUUUUCUAGCCUUUUGACCAAAAACCUUUCGAUGUUGGUUUGUGGACAUAUCAAUACAAGCGUGUUACCGGAACGAGUAAGGGCAGUCUUGAAUCACAAGGCAACGUCUUGGUUGAAGACGCACAAACUGAAAGCUUUCUACAUGCAGGUGGACGGCACUACUUUUGAAGAAGGUGCAAAAGCCCUCCUCAAAGCCUGCGGAAUUGGAAAGUUGAGGCCCAACAUUCUUCUUAUGGGACACAAAAACGACUGGCAAAAAUGUUUGAAACAGGAUUUAGAUAUGUACUUUGAAGUGCUACACACGGCACUGGAUCUGCACUUGGCAGUUGCCAUCUUACGGCUUCAGCAGGGUUUGGAAUUGAGUCGAAAGGCUCCCGGGGAAGAGGAGUUUCAAAGUUCGAAAAUACGAAGUAACAGUUACGAAUCAGUUCCAAGAAACAGGUCCUACGAUCAACUUUCGCAAAUUAGCAGUACCAGUAAUUUUUCCACUCCGGAAGCAAGAAAGAAGGCAGAUACUGUAAGCUCGCGUCCUAAUCCUGCUGAGGAACCUCAGAAGAAAUUAUUGAAAUCUUCUGAGUUUCUUCAUUCCGUGAUGGAAGAUAAUAAUGAUUUACCGAAAGAAGUUGCGAGUCAAAUGUUCCAGUUCCAAAAGAAACAGAAACGAGGAACAAUAGACGUUUGGUGGUUAUACGACGAUGGGGGUUUAACGUUACUGCUUCCAUAUAUCAUGAGAACAAGAAGGAAUUGGAGCACAUGCACCCUGAGAGUAUUUACGCUAGCGAAUAAGAGGAAUGAAUUGGAAGUCGAACAAAGGAAUAUGGCCAGCAUGUUGGCCAAAUUUAGAAUUGACUAUUCUGACCUCCAAAUAGUACCUGAUAUUACUAAUAAACCCACGGAAUCUACACAGCAGUUUUUCGAUUCGCUCAUUGCUGAUUUUCGAGAAUCUAAUAAAAACCCUGACGCGGCGACGAUAUCAGAUUCAGAACUACUAUCAAUGAAGGAGAAAACGAAUAGGCAUCUUCGAUUACGUGAACUCCUUCUGGAGCACUCUCAUGAUGCAAGCUUUAUUGUUAUGACACUGCCCGUACCUCGAAAAAAUGUGAUAUCAGCACCUUUGUAUUUAGCCUGGUUGGAACUGUUGACAAAAGACAUGCCACCAUUUCUUCUCGUACGCGGAAAUCAGACAUCAGUUCUAACAUUCUACUCAUAAUUUAUUAUAAUUUGUAAUUUAUUUACCUCAACAUCCCAACAAGAUUACAAUAUUAAUGUUUAUUUAUAUGUAUUAUGCUACAGUACCUAAUAUAGCCAGUAUUAAUGAAAAGAGGGAUUAGAUAAAGAUAAAAUACUAUGAUAAUUUUAUUUAAUAUGACAAUAGUCCAUUGUAUAAAGAGAAAUUUACUAAUAUAUAACAUUAAACUAAC